ACCUUCACCGUGUGACACUGGACUGAGAUUUAAGGCUGUUGAAGCAGACACGAGACCAUGGCUCAUCGCAGCACUGUGGAGAGGGUCAGUCUGACCUACCUGCCUCCAGCUGUUCAUCGCUUUCUCUUCAGCCAAUCAGAAGAGUUUGUUGUGGCUCACCUGGUCCUCAGAGCGCUGUUUGGAGUAGUGAGCGGCACAGUCCUGUUCCUGGGUGUCGCUCACAGUCUCCCUCUGACCUUUGACCUGAAGCUGGCAGCAGGAUGUCUGUUUGUCUGUGUGUGUGCAGUAGGCGGGGCGUUGUCCUCCUCCUUCAGGUGUUCAGUCCUCUUGAUGUUUCCCAGCAUUCUCGGCUCCCGCGGCCGAGCGUACCUGAUGUUGUUUAUCCUGUCAGUGCUCUACAGAGGGCCGGUCUCUAACGUCCAGCGGAACAUGGAGACGGCCGCUCUGUCUCUGAGCUGUAACCUGGACCUGCAGGUUCAUCACAGCAAGUUACUGUGGAGGGACGCCGUCUCGCCGUUUCUACGCAUCACCAAGGAGCUCAUGGACGAUAAAGCGGAGUUUGAGUCGGAGGCUCUGGACGUCAGCAGGAGGUUUCAGAGCAUCAGAGACGAGGUCGUCCUUCAGUACGGAUACGACAAAUUCAGACCUCAACAGGGAAACAGCACACAGGAGCAGUUCACUACAAAGACCAUGAUGCAGUGCGACAGUGUGGUGGACGAGGGCGUGCAGCGCUGCUCUGAUUGGUUCAGACUCAGGUGGGCGGAGUGUAUGAAGGAGAUACCUGUCCCCGUCAUCAACCACAUCCUGUGUGUCUCUAUGAAGUUCCACUUCCUGUGUGACGUCAUGAGAGUGAUGACUCCAUGGUGCAGAGAGAAGAUUCCUGUGGAGGGAAACUUCGGUCAGCUGUUUGACAAACUGAACCUGUCGGUCGACCUGUUGUCCAGAGAGUUCAGCACCGAGCUCGUGCUCCAGGAGCAGCAGCAGCAGGAGGUGCUGGGUGGAGCUCUGAUGGAUCAGGAGAUCACUCAGUCAGUCAGAGGAUCCUUUCUGAAACUGAAGAGAACGAUGGAGCAGCUGCUGGACAUCCUGCAGCUGCUGAUGUCCUUCACCUUCCUCAGCAUCUUCACCCAGGCGUUUGGUUACCUCAGUCAGUACAGGAGGGACGUUCGGUUUGACAACGUUUACAUCACCUCCUACUUCAGACGGAUCGACGCUCACAGGAGAAGAGUGGGGGAGCGGUGUCUGCUGCCGCUGAAGCAAUCAGAGGGGAAGAAGUUAAUCGACCCGUGGAGCCCGAAAAUUCUUCCUGAGGAGUUUAAAGAAGUUAUGUCAGGUGUGUUUCAGGUGCUGGCGGUCUCUCUGCUGUGCGUCGUCCUCCUGACUGUCGACUUCUCUGUGUUCCACGUCCUGGACAUCGUCAACAGACACAGCGUCACCCAGUUCAACCUGACCAGGAGUCACAAGGUGGACAUCAGAGUGGGCGGGGCGUCCAUGAUGGCCCGCCUCCUGAGGAAGACGAUUUCAGCCUUCAACAGCUCGUCCAGCCUCCACAUCCAGACCGACAACCAGGGUUGUGUGUCUCCCCCCUCCUCCCUCCCAGCAGCUGUGUAUGUGAGCUGUGUGUGUUGUGUCCUGUUGGGGGCGCUGUUCAGCUGCCUCCAGGUUUACACCAACCGCCUCCGCCGGGUCAUCGCUGCUUUCUACCACCCACAGAGGGAGAAGAAGAGAGUCCUGUUCCUCUACAACCUGCAGGUCCACAGACGACUCUCCUCCACAGAGAGGAGGUUCGGACACGCCAUGAGGGAGGUGCGUCAGUGUCUGUGCAGGUGUGGGCGUCGUCUUUGUUGUCAUAACUGACAGGAAGAGUCCGACUCAGAGACGCACUGCACAGGAAGAGGAAGAGGACGAAGUUCAGACGGACUUCAUCUUUGUUCUCAAUAAAAAACUGUUUGAUUCUGCGGCUGAUUCAGAGACUGAAAAUCAUCUGGUGAAACAGCUGCUUCACUGAGGGUCAUGUGAGGUCAUGUGAGGUCAUGUGAGGUCAUGUGAGGUCGACAUGAAGCGACAUCAGAGCAGUUUUAACAGCAGUUUGACUCAGACUUUCAGGAUCAGGUCAAACACCAGGAGGCGUUUCACAUCAUUGUCUCAUGUUAUUGGACUUUGUUAAUCGCUCCUGUUUCACCACGGACCGGACAGACGCUGGACCAGGACCCUCUGGGUCUGGGCAUCAGGUCAGACUGGUUCUGGACUCUUUGCACUUACAAGGUGUUGCCUCUGCCGGGCCUGUGGGGGGUUCUGGAGUCACAGGGAUCCAGUCGGUGAUCACAGUGAGCCUGAAGGAGGUUUAACACCCGAAUCCAGAAAACACAUAAAGAUGUUGAACACGUUUCUGAUCUGGUUUAAAGGGACACGUCUGUGCUGUUUCUCUACGUCACAUAUAAAAUACCAGAACCGGACGUCAGUACAGACAAGAAGAACUGAUGAUGAAGUUUUAAAUCUUAGUUCACGUCGUAUAAACUCAGCAAAACAUCAUUUCUGGUGCUGGAAACAGAAACGUGAUAAAACCAGAUGUUUUAUCCAGAUGGUUUGAAGAGUUUUAGAAAGCAGGAAAAUAUGUAGAGAAGAGCAGGAGGACUGGGACCUGGUCUGAGGAGCACGCAGAGUCCAGGACCUAGUGUAGCUGCAGCAGCAGUUUAAUCACAUCAAUGCGUGUGUGUGUGUGUGUGUGUGUGUGAUCACAGGAUGAGAUUAGACGUACAGAGGAGUUAUGUAACCAGCUGAUCCAGCAGCACGUGCAGCUCUCGCUUCAUUCAGUUUUCAUCUGAUCCUCAAACAACAAACUGAUGCUGGAUCAGUUGACAUCAGUGUGAUGUCAUCACUGCAGAGAGUGUGUGAACCGUUCCUGUCCUCACUCACCUGUCACUCUGUCAUGUUCAUCCAGGCAGAUUUAAAAUGACUGAAUUAUUUUAUACUCCUGUGAACACCAGCUGCCACUAAACGUUCAGUCAGUUUGCUUCAUUCACAGUUUGACUCUGGUCCAUUAACACCUCUGACACCUACAGACAGGUGUUAGCUACAGCCUUUAAAGGUUCACCUGUCCAUACAACACAACACAGUUCAACAGCAGCACACACUGCAGCCUGCACAGUGAUCUCACAGGUGAACCAGCACCUGUGAAACAGUCUGAACACCACAACCCUCGUGAAGGAGGAUUUACUGAUGUCGUUUUAGCUGGUGUUCCUAAUAAACUGGACACUGAGUGUGUAAAGAGAAAAGAAACCUGAUCACUGCAGACAGGAAGGGGUUAAAGCUACUGAGGAACCAGCCUCUGAGUGUGUGUGUGUGUGUAUGUGUGUGACAUUCUUACCAACUCAAAUACCUGUGGCAAGCCUGUGAGGUGUGUAAAUACUGCAUCCGUCUUGCUUUCAAAAUAAAAUGCAUUUUAUGAGGCAAUUUUCACAACUGCAGUUAAAUCCGCCUGACACACUGACUGCAGUGUAAACAGGGUAAAUACAAUAUAAUACAGCUGAAGAGGAAACUGAAACUCUGCUGUGUGAAUCACUGUACAACACAUUCAUUGACUUUAGUGUUAAAUAAUGCAGUCAGUGUCAGAAGUAUAAAAGUCCUCCAUUCGAAAUUUUUACUUGUACUUGUGUCACAAUUCAAUGUUAUAUUUAUCAUAUAUACAUCUGACUAUUUUAAAUGAUGAAGC